AUGGCGGCGGGAGCCGGGGAGGCGGCGCGGAGCCAGGCCUCCCUGCAGCGCCGGCUGCAGAGCUCGCAGGAGGCGCAGCAGCGGCAAGCGGUGCUGGUGCGGAAGCUGCAGGCGAAGGUACUGCAGUACCGGACUCGGUGUCGAGAGUUGGAGCAGCAACUGGAAGCAGGACGGGGAUCCCUUCCAGGCAGGUGGGAAGCCACAGAAGACCACAGCCUGGAGAAAGCACUGCUUCGGGUGGAAGAGGAGCAGCAAAGGUGUGAGAGACUGGCAGAAGGGAACACUGUCCUGCGGGAGCAGCUCGAUAAAGCGAAUAAGUUUAAUUCAGCCCUCAAAGAAGAUGUUGGAAAAGUGACAGCGGAUUGGAUGAGGGCCCGUGAGGAGCUGGAAUUGAAGGAGAGAGAACGGCGCAGUGAACGUGAGCUUUAUGACAGCUACUUGCGGGGUGGAUGUAACAGUCUACUCAGCCUAUGGUGUCAGGUGGUAACCUUCCGCCAUCAUUUCCUGGAAAUGAAGACUGCCACUGAGCGAGAUCUGCCCGAGCUGAAGGCAGAGCAAAUGAGGCUUUCUGGAUCGAUACUUGCAAACUGCUCCCAUCUAAACUCUGGCGUACAGCUCUGGGAGUCCGUCACUCUGGGUAGACCUGUCCUGAAGGAUCAGGCACAGCAGCAAGCGGGACAGGAGAUAAACCAGGAGGCUCAGGCAGUGAUGUGCUUACAAGUCAAGGGGGACCUGGAGAAGAAGGAGCUUCAGGACAGGGUGAUGGAGCUCUCAGCCUUGCUUGUAGAGUCUCAGAAGCAGAACGAGGAGAAGGAGAAGACCAUUAAAACACUUAACGACACUGUGGAGAUUCUAGAAGCAAGUCGGCUAGAGAAAGAAUAUGAAGCUUCAUUGACUAGAAGUGCCAAGGAAGAGAAUCGUUCCCUCCAAAAGCUGAUCAAAGAUAUAACUGAGGUGGUGUUAGAUGACAGUGACAGCACGGUCAGCAUUGUCUGCCCUGAGAGUUCCCAGCAUGCAGAGCCUGGCAACAUGCUCUCUUGUGUGAGCUCCGCUGAUGCAGAGCAUGCCUUUGCAUUGGUUCAGGAAGCACUGGCAAGGAGGCGAGGAGCAACACAGGCCCUAAAAGAAGAGCUUUCUGCCAGGCAGGCCUCUAUCGAUUUCCUGCAGCACCAGCACAGACAGCAGGAAGAGCAGUGCAGGAAGCUGCAGCAAAGGCUUGAGCAACUGGAGGAGGAAUGCAAGACAUCCAGCAGCCACCGGCAGCACCUCCAGUCUCUGGUAGAAGCACUCAGAAGACUGAAGGACUUAGCUGCACUUGAAUGCAAACAUUCCUCAUUACAGAGUGAGCUGGUAGUCACAAAAGGGACACUGGAGGAAUUGCACCUUCAGAGGGAUCUGCUGAAGCAAGAGAAACAGGAGCUUACCAUGGCACUGGAGAAGGCAGAGCAGUCAGCAGCAGAGUUGACAGGGGCUCAGAAUAAGCUGAGUGCUGAAAUAGCUGAGUUACGAGCUGCCACAGCAAACAUGAGCAGUAUCAAUGAAGCUCUUGCAUUGGAUAAAGUGCAACUGAAGAAACAUGUGCUGCAGCUGGAGCAAGAGAAUGAAGUUCUGUCAGGCAAAGUGAUUGCGAUGGAGAGAGCAAGGCUCUCUGACCAGGAGAAGCUGAACUUGUGCGAAAGAACCAAUGAAGAGCUCCGCGCAGAGAAAGCCCACCUGGAGCGGCUGCUGAAGAAAGCAGAGGAGCAAGAGGAGGGGCUGCGGGUAGAGCUGACGCUACUGGCAGAGGAGAAGGAAGAAACCCAAGAGAAACUCAGUCAGGUUUACCGCCAGCAAGAGUCGGCUAGCAGUGGUCUGGAGCAGUUGCGCCAGGAGUCCUCUCGCCAAGGGCAAGCACUGGCCAAGGUGGCCAAAGAGAAGGAACUGCUGGUGCACGAGAAGGCUGCCCUAGAGGUGCGACUGGCAGCCCUGGAGCGGGACCGACAAGGCCUUUCGGAGCAGCUGGCAGAGGCCAGGUCAGCGAAGGAGACCCUGGAAUCCAGCCUGUUUGAGGCUCAGCAGCACUUAUCCUGGCUGGAGAUCGCCAGGAGUCAGCUUGAAAUCCAACUUCAGGCAGCCACGCAGGCCAAGGAGGUGAUACAAGGGGAAGUGAAGUGCCUUCAACGUGAGCUGGAAGCAGAGAGAUCUCUCAUGAAGCAGGAACGGGAAAACAUGGUGCAAGAACUUUUGCGGACAGAACAGCAGUGUAACGAUACCCUUAAACGCUGGGAAACUGAUCGUGAAGUGGAAAUAAAGAAGCUCCUGCAAGACCUGGCAAGCGAGCGGGAAAGGCACCAUUCAGAGCUGCAGGAGAUGCUGGAGCAAUGGGAAGAGGAGAAGGCAGAGACAGAAGGGGAGCACGAGAAGCAGCUGUUUGAUAUGAAGCAGAAAGUUGCUACCAUGCAAGCUCAACAAGAAGAGGAACGAACCAGAGUUGAAAAUGCCAAGCAAGAGGUCCUGCUCGAAAAGGAGAGUGAGAAGAAUGCUUUAUUAGAGACGCUACUCCAAAGUCAGGGAGAGCUAAGAGAAGCCUGCCAGCAGCUAGAGCAGCUCAGGCAGGAGAUGAAAGAGCAGCAAGAGAAUGGGCAGAACAUCACCGAGAAGCUGCGAGCAGAGCUGCAGGAAACUCGGAGUAAGAUGAAGGCAGUGGAGAAGAGGCACAAGGAAGAAAUGAAAACCAUCAAAGAGGAAAUGAAUAUCCUUCUUCAGCAGAGGGAUGCUCUGCAAAAACAGGGGGAAGAGUUGACCUCUCAGCUAGCAGCCUCCAAAGAGUUUUGGCAUGAACGGGACAGACUGCAAGCACUUAAAGAAAAACUGGUAUGGGAGGUAAAACUUCUUCAGGAAUCGGUCACAGCCUCUGAAACCCGAGCAAAUACAGCAACAGAUAGGAAUCACUCCCUUGAACAAGAACUCCAAACUACGCUGUCUAUCUUAAAAAUUAAAAGUGAGGGAGUGGAAACACAGUGGGAGAAAAUCCAGAUGCUACAGAAAGAGGCAGCAGAGGUAAAAGCUUUGCAGGAGAAUCUCGCUCAUAUGACUGCCAUCCUGUCAGAGCGGGAGGGAGAAAUGAAGUUAUACCAGGAACGGAUGAGAAUGCUGGAAAAGCAGAACGAAAUGCAUAAAACUACUCUCCAUCAGGUUACUAAGGACAUAGCAGAGGAAAAACAGAAGACAAAAUUGCAGCAAGAACACAUUCAGGAGCUGGAGAAGCAGCAAGAAAAACAAAGGGUUGCAGUAAGCAAAAUGAAUAAAGACAUGGAAGAGAGAGGCCGGGAGAUCAGAUCCCAGCAAGAAGAGAUACGGGAGCUGGAGAAGCAGCGAGAAAUGCAGAGGACUGCGGUGAGCAAGAUGAGCAAAGAGCUGGAGGAGAGGGACCAGGUGAUCAAAUUCCUGGAGCGGAAAAUAAUGAUUCUGGAGCAACACGGUACGUCACAAGUGAGAAAUCUGCUUGUGGACCUUGAUGAUAUGAAAGAAAACUUGAAAGAGAAAACCGUAGAGCUUAUGUCUCUGACUGAGCAGAUCCAGCAACUGGAAAAGGAGAGAGAACAGGUGACAUCUCUGCACGCAAGCCUUGAACACCUGAGGGCAGUUCUCAAGGACAGAGAGAGUGAGUGUGAUUCUCAAAGGGAUCAGUUAAGACUCUUCCAGCAGUCCAAGGAACAGCAAGAGGGUCUCCUGCAAGAGCUUCAUGGUAAAGUAGAAAAGAUGACACUUUCUUUAUCUAAAAAAGAUCAAGAGCUUGAGUCACAACAAAAGCAAAUCCAGGAAGCUGCAGAAGUCAUGGAAAUGCAGUUAAGGACUGUCCGUGACCAACUGGAGCAGACCUUAGAAACCUUAAAAGAAAAGGACAGACUCAUAGACAUCCAAAAGCAACAAAUACGGAACUAUGAGGAAAAAACAGAAGAACGGAUGAACGUCUUACAUAGAGACCUAGAGUGCACUAAGGCAAUACUGAAAGAAAAGGAUUUCAUGCUUGAAUCUCAGAAGGAAGUGAUUGAGAGCUUCCAAAAACAAGAACAAGACUCUGAACAGCAGAAGGAAAUUCUGCAGCAUCUUCAAGUGGCACUAAAGGAACAAGAGCAAGAAAUUUUAUCCCUUAGAAAGCAAUGUGAGGCAUGCAAGGAAAAGGAGGAAAAGCAUGAAGCUGAGCAAACGCAUCUUCAAGCAACAAAACUGACUCUGAAAGAAAGGGAAGAAAAGAUAGAGGUUCUGGAGGAGGCUCUCUCUAAGCUUCAGCAGCAAAAGGAGGAGGCAGCGAUGCAGACUAAAGCCAUACUGCAAAAACUACAGUAUGCUGAGUCUUCUCUAGAAGCUAGAGAUCAAGAGAUAGGGUCUUUGCAAGAGCAUGUCCAGAGCCUUCAAGAGCAGAAGGAGUUAGAAGGCAAGCAGGCCAAGAGUCUACAGCAGGAUCUAGACAAAAUGAGCCAAAUAGUGAAGCAGAACCGUUUGGAGUUCCUCAGGCAGACAGAGCAAAUGAACAUGUUCCAGCUUCGUGAAGAAAGCAUGAAAGUAGCACUAACAUCAUGCCAGAAAAAAGUCAAUCUGCUUGAGGAAGUGGUGAGGAAGAGAGAUGAAGACAACAAAACUCUUAUGCAAAAACUCCAGCACCAAGAAGAAGAACUGAAGACCUUGCAGAACCUGCAGCUUCGGCUAACCGAGAGGAAUGAAGAGGUUAGUCAUCACAGAGAGCGAGAGAAGCUGCUGGAAGAAGCCUUGCCUGAGAGGGAACAGGAGACCAAGGCUCAAGGUGAGCAAAGAGAGUUAGAAGAGGAAAUAAGAGGUCUUCGGGAAGAUCUUCAGCACGUUUGGCAGACUCUGACAAAGAAGGAUGAAGAGAUCAAGCACAAGAGAGACAGAGUCAGGUAUUUAGAGAAGACUCUGACAGGGAGAGAAGAAGAGCUCAGGAGGCAGAGUGAACUCCUGAAACAAUUAACAUCAGCUUUGCGAUGGGAAGAUGAAGGGGAGACCCUAAAGAAACAAAUCCAGAAACUCCAAAAAUGGGAGGAAGAGGAAGCAGAGAACAGGAAAGUUCUCCAGGAGAGAGACCGUCUCUUGCAAAGGGAGAGGGAACUAACCCAACAACUGGAAGAUGAGCGGAAAGCAAAGGGGGAAGAAUUGGAGCGUGUGAUUGCUAUUCUGAAGCAGACUGAAAGCAGAGAAAUUGAAUGGAAAGAGAAGGCACAAGCACUGACUCUUGCCCUUACCAAGAGUGAAACGGCCAGUGGGACUUUGAGAGAAGAAAUAGCCAUCCUGCAGAGUAUGGUUUCAGAGAGGGACAAGGACCGGUUUCACCUUCAGCAGGCUAUUGCAGGAGGGGAGCAGCGAUCAUGGCUCUCAGAGAAGAGACUCCUGUCGCAGCAGCUGGAAUGUCUGCAGCGAGCAAUUGCAAGUCUGGAAAAUGAGAAGAUGGAGCUGAAGCAAUUCAAUGCUGAGCUCAGGAGGACUCUGGAGCAGGUGGAACGUGAACAGAGGAGACUGAAGAGAAAUUAUGGUGGUCGGUCGGUGCCAGAUGCACGUGGAUUUUCUCUCUCCGAGUCUGACCAGCCCAAGAUGCCUGCUUCUAGACAGGAGGAGUCUUGUGCUCGCUGCAGUCGAUUAGCUGAGUUACAGAACCAGGUGUCCCUUCUGCAGACGCAGCUGGCACAAGAACGGAAAUACAAGCAGGACUAUAUUGAGUGCUGUGCAAAGACGAGCCAGGAGCUGUCAGACCUUCACCAAGAGCUGUCUUACUCCUUAGCAGCUGUGGUCAGGGAGCCCAGAGCCGCUGUUCUGGAGGCAGAGACUCGGAAGCUGUUCAACAGCCAGACCUGCCGGAAGCGAUGACCUGAAUUGACAAGAGCAGUGUACAGCAAAAGGCCUUAGGAGGAGCCAAGAUGGGGACCUGCUGUAGCAGGUGAACUGUGGCAGGGAGCUUGGUUCAAGGCAAGAUAAAAGUUCAGGGCACAGUGUUCACUGCAGGUUCCCCAGCAGAAGCAGUGGUGGGACAAAACUGGUGCUGGCAUGUGUGGAUGUGGUCAGUCGUGGGCCUGGACAAGCAGGAUGAACCUGAGGAGCACAUAAAAGUUCUUCCUUUUCCAAAGCAGUCUCGUCAGCCUCCACACAGCCCCCCACAUUUGGUUGUUCCUGUCAGUUUCUGUGCUGUACACAAAGACUUUCUGUCUGGUUUUAUUUUUCAAUACACUUACUUCUCCAAAACACGGCACAGGCUCUGAGCAGCAAUCUCUUGCA